GCUCUAUGCAGUGUUUGUCAAGAACCAAGGAGCUCCAGGUACCAGUGAUGUACCCAGCGAUCACUCAGCGUUGUGUGUGUACAGGAUGACUGACAUCUUGGCUGCCUUCAGAGAAGCGGUGCGGGGAUGCAUACAAGAUGGAAAUACAUACAGCGUCGAAUACUUGAACAGUUUCUGCAGCUUCUUUAGGAUACCCAUUUUGGAUCGCUAUCUUUGCAAAUCCCAUACCGUUAAUGGAGGUAUUUCGUUAUUCCGAUAUGCCAAGGGCAUAGACCCCGUUCCAUCCACGGCGAUUCUAGAGCUGCCUGGUACUCUCAUGUCAUCAAUCACGACCACUUUAGGAGUCAACCACACCAUCGCCUUAAUCGGGACAUCGGCUGGAGAUUUGCUUAAGGUUCACGUGGAAAGUAGCACAACUGGUCGGUUGUAUGAACGGGUUAGUGUUGACGCCAGUCCCGUUCUUCGAGAUAUCCAUGUUGACAGCGAAACACAUGAACUAAUUCUGUUAACGGAACAAAAGUUAGUGAAACUCGGCGUAGACGAUUGCAGUCAGUACACCACAUGCGCGGCGUGUAUUGGGACUAAAGCUGGACAAGAUGGCGACCCUUACUGCGGUUGGUGCUCGCUGGAAAGAAAAUGCACACGAUAUUGUGAAUGUCCAUUGCCGGAUGUAUCAACAAGGUGGCUUGCGUACGACGCUGAACAGUGCUUGGAGAUAACCAGUGUGGAAGCCAGCCUCCCUAUAACAAAAACGGAAUGGCAGAUGAGUAUGACAAUUCAGCAGCUUCCCGACCUCUCUCCCGGCCAAUCGUACCAGUGUCAUUUCGGUUCUUAUGCCAGCCCAGCAAUAGUAACUGAAGACAGUUUAACAUGUACAACGCCCCCAAGUGGCAGGAUUCCUCCAAUUGAAAAAGGAUCAGAUGCAGUAAGCGUUGAGUUGUCGGUGUAUUCCACGGAAACGUCCGUCAACUUCCUGAGUUUGCCAUUUCAUUUCUACGAGUGUUCCAGUCAUACCUCUUGCGUGUCAUGUGUUGGAAGCCGAUGGGCGUGUGACUGGUGUGUGUUUGAAGAUAGAUGCACUCACGAGAGCUCUACGUGUAGAAGAGGAAAUGAGAUCAUUAUAACCGGUGACAAGAAUUCUCGCGUGUCAACCGCCAAAGGAGCCACCUUUUGCCCGCAGCUUCAGGCCCAGGGAGGGGAGGUGCUUAUCCCAGUGGGCGUGUCCAGAUCAGUCACUCUCUCUACAGAAAAUCUGCCUGACCCUGCACAGGUUUCCUCAUACAGAUGUCUUCUUCAUGUCGAGGGAAAUGACAUCUUAGCUGAUGCAGAACGAAGUGGUGAAACCAUAACAUGCAAGGAUAGAGCAUAUUCGUUCUCGGGUGGAGCGCGAGAGGUACACGCUUUACUGAUUAUGGAAUGGACGGAUAAUUUGAACGUACACCACCUACUAGAUGAUGUUUACAGCUAUACAGUGACGUUGUACAAUUGUACCAUCGUUGGUCGCGCUUGCAGUCGUUGCGUCGCAGCUCGACCAGCUCUCAGCUGUGUGUGGUGUGGCAACACGUGCUCCUAUGAUACCCAAUGCAGUGCGCCCAGAAUUGUAACAUUGAACAAUGGCCUGAACUGUCCCGAUCCUGUCCUCACCGAAGUUCACCCUGCUUCUGGACCGAUUGAAGGAAACACGGUCAUCACUCUGUCUGGAACAGACUUGGGCCGAAGAUUUGGUGACGUCAAGUCUACCGUUGGCGGACAAGUUUGUGAUAUCGUUGGUCUUGAAAGCAACUACUCGAUAGGAGAAAGACUUUCAUGCCUGGUGCGAUCUCAUUCAGAAGGUCCUGCCCUAAUCGCUCUUACUGUCACUGGAGCUGAUGGUUCAUUGCAAUACUCCUCGAGCUCUUUGAACUUUAUUUAUGCGGAUCCACGCAUUUCCAACUUUUCCCCUACCAUUGGCCCCGAGGCGGGAGGGACCCUAGUCACAGUCAGCGGAACAGCUUUACAGGCAGGCAGGAACAUUGAAGCAUAUUUUGGAGACAAACCAUGUGUAGUUAUCAGCGUCAGAGAUGAUGGUAUUCAGUGCUUGACGCCUCCCUCAGUGGCAGGUACAAUUGACAUUCUGAGACUGAGCUUUGACGGAGCCAACAGAACAUCCACGUCGAGGUUUUUCUUCGCCUCAGACCCAGUCAUAAGAAAGGUCUCACCGUUAACCAGCAUCGAAGCAGGUGGAAGAAAUCUGACGGUAACUGGGAAAGACUUUCACAUCAUAGAGACACCAAAGAUUGUGGCCUACUGCCUCAUCGAAAACACCUUGUUACAGUUUAAAGAGAAAUGCAGAACCAAUUCUGAUACAAGCAUGGCAUGUCCAACUCCGGAUGUCCGGCCUUACCGAUGUAACGAGGUGCCGUUUGGGUUUGUGAUGGACGGUGUGACCCAGCUCCUUACCUGGUCCGAGUCCAAGAGAGUCACGCUGGAGUAUUUCCAAGAUCCCGUGUACUUCCAGUUCGACGAGGAAGGGUUCGUGGCCAACGGGAAUCUUUUGGAACUCACGGGGAAAAGGAUAAACUACGCCAUCACAGCCAAAGAAAUCAACGUCUAUGUAGGAAAUGGCCUAUGUGAAGUAACUUACAUCAGCGGCACGAUUCUGCAAUGUACGCUGCCCAAAGUUCAGCCGACUAGCUUAGAUGAAAGUGGUGAUCUCACAGCUGUGGUUCAACACAACAACUUGGUAUUUGAAUUGGGGAAGGUGAUCUACGGCCGACCAGCCAACCACAUCAUCGCUAUCGCUGUACCCAGCGUGAUUAUCCCCUUCUCCCUGGCCAUCGUACUCGCUGCUAGCCUCAUGUAUUGCAAACAAAUGCGUCGAAAGCGCACCUACGAACAGAGAGUGUUGAACACGUUACUGGAGGUGCACCUCGAGAUUUCAGCAAACGUCAGCCAUGGAAGGUCGGAGAGAUCCCAGAUACCGUCACAUCGGCGAUCAGCGGCCAAACACAAGCGCAUCGCAAUGAAUAACAGGGUCAGCUUCGUUCCCCGCGACAUUCACAUCGAGUUUAGCCAAUUGGAAUUUGGGGAAACACUCGGACAAGGUGCAUUUGGACGCGUUUUGCAAGCAACCCUACGUGAUCCAGCAAAAGAGGAUCAACUUGUGGCAGUUAAGACAGUGCAAGACACCUCGGACCCGAAACUUGUCGUGAGGUUUCUGGAUGAAGGUUUCAUCAUGACAAGAUUUGACCACGUGAACGUGAUGGGACUACUGGGGUUGACCUUUGACACAGAUAACAACCCCCUGUUGGUUCUGCCCUUCAUGGCAAAUGGCGACCUGAAGAAAUUCAUGAUCAAAAAGAAAAAGUCCAUGCCGACAUCUCUGCUGUUGAGGUUUGCGUCACAUGUCGCACUCGGUAUGAGUUAUUUGGCUCAGCACAAGUUUGUCCACAGAGAUCUUGCGGCCAGAAAUUGCAUGGUGGAUGGUGAUCUUCUGGUGAAGAUAGCGGAUUUUGGACUGUCACGUGACGUGCAAGAAUCGGAUUACUACACAAGCGGCGAUGCCCAGGCUAAGCUGCCUAUCAAAUGGAUGGCUCCCGAGUCCAUGGAACGUCGAGUGUACAACGCCAGAACUGACGCGUGGUCAUACGGCGUGGUCCUGUGGGAGAUAUUUAGCAGAGGUGAAAGACCCUAUCCUGGAGUUGCCAACAAAGAUGUGUUUGACAUCUUGAGGAGCGGCCAACGGAUGGAUGCCCCUAAGGACUGCCCGCCACAGGUCUACCGGAUAAUGGAACGUUGCUGGCAGGACAACCCCAAGUCCCGGUGCACCUUCAGCCAAAUUGUCAACGAGCUGGACGAUCUGUUGGCUAGACGUCGCGCUCAUGACACGUGGACAGGUGUGGGAGGGCAAGGGCCGGGCGAACACGGCGAAGCAUCCGGUGCACAGGAUGACAGCUACCUGGUGCCCAUUCAGAUGGAAACAUCGUUUGGCGUGGACGGCCCGUGCACCGACGUGGGAACCAGCGAAGACAGCGCAACAGCCACCAAUGGCGCUCGCCCGGAUUACGUCAAUAAGAGCGUCUUCAGAUAACUCAAGUGUAAAAGACUGUCUUACAAACAUGUUCAGCGAGAAAAAAAAAGAUACUAAAGUUUGUAUCGUUGCACACAUCAGCAUGGUUACUGCAGUGGCUUUUAAAGGGUCCACAUUUUUGUUGACUAAAGUAAUUUCUGUGAACGAGAUAACUUUAUCAGUCGGAGCGUCUUUUAAUCGAAUUUGUCUCACGAUAUGUGAUUUCCCAGUUGGUCUGAUUCUAGGCUCUUCCCAGAAUCCCAUUUCGAGACUCAUAAUCAUAAGAGAAAAGCUGCAGAUCCAGCAGUACCCGCAUUACAUCAUGGAGAAGUCGACUCUGAUAUUCCUGUUUGUACAGCUAUAAAUAUACCAAAAAAAAUAGUUCAUUGAGUUCCAAAAUUAAAAAUGUAUUGGUCUCAAUGUUUACUAAACUCUAAAGUUAAAAUUCAUAACUCACUAAUGUUUCUGUAAAAAGACACCUUAAUUUAUCUUUAGUCCAUUUUUUAUCAUUACAUUCUUUAAAAUGUUGAAACGUACAUAAUUAAUUUUAGUUUCUAUCGAAUAUACAAAUCUAGACGGAUCAGUAGUAUAGUCAGGUUGCAUAUGAUCGGAAUCGUGACUGACUGGUCCAACCUUGGCAGAUAGAUUCUUAUAGCCCUGAAAAAUAUAUAUAGAAGUAGGUGGACAUUAUGAGUAGCGAGCUGUACAUAUAUGUCACCCUAACAAUUUGAAAUUAGUUUACAUAGUUUUGUUAUUCAGACUGUUAAAAGCUUUUUGAGGUUUGGUCUUUGUGAUCCUUUCCAUAACCUAACUUACGGUCCAUCGGCAAAUUUGUCGUUCUGAAUAGCGCCAACUAUUGUUUGACAAUGUCAAUGAUCGUGCGAUGCUACAGUGCUAGCUAUUAAAGCUAGUCCGUAGUGUGUCUGUUCAAGUACCUCCCGUUUUGAAAAUGCAUGGCACACUUGUUGAAGGUUUUCUUGGGUAAUUUGCUUGGAUAGACUACUCAAGUGUUUUGCCUUCCUUUUUAACGGUAACGUUGGGCCGCGUAAUAGCCCAGAUCGGAAAAUAACCACUUCGCCCCAUUACCACUUCUGCAUAUGUGGCAUUGGUUGCCUUGCAACUCAAUCCCAUGGUGGUGACUUUCUACUAGUUUAAUAUGUGGUAGAUAACAUAAUGAUGAUUAUGAACCCUCUUAAUUCAUGAUUUGUUUUUCUGAAAAAUGGUACAGGCUUUAAAAAAAAAAUGUUAUGUUUCGCUAUUGCCAUCGUUCACUUGCAGUGGAUGGACCGUGUGGUUUCCCGACCUGUUAACGAUAUUAAACGCCAGCAUCUUUGGCACUGCUUGGAACCAGGCUGCCAACCGAAUGGUUCACAUACUUUAUUUCCCUUUCAAAAAAUCUGUGGCCAGUCGCAUUCCGUUUGCUUGCCGAGCUGUAUCAAAAUUAACUUCAAAUUAGAAAGUUUUUUCCAGCAACGUGGAAAAUACGCUUUAGAUUGACGCAGAUUUCCGCCUUAAUUUCUACAUUUUCUUACAGCACAGUAUUUUACCAACAUUAUGAUACCAAAUUAAGUUGCGACGAUUUGCGCGCGACGCUCGAUUGUGUCACAUUUCUUUAAGUCUUAGGCUAAAA